CUUCCUCAUUUCUGACAUGACAAAAAUUAGUUCAGUUGGGUUAUUAGAAUUCUGCUAAAAAAGACCUGACAUGAACUCGUUAGGGAACAAGAUUCUGUCUAUGAACAUGGUGAAAGUUGGCAUGAUACUGAUUGUCCUCUUUGUUCCAGAUGCUUUGGCUGACUGCCCUGAUGAAGCAGACCUCUUCAUAACUGCACCAAAGAAGCUGGAAGCACUGAGUGGAUCUUGUUUGAAAAUCCCAUGUAGCUUCAGACUCAAAGAUGAACAGAAGUUUAAGAGCACAAGAAAAAUCGUUGGAGUGUGGAUAAAAAAGGAUUCCAGAAUUGUCAUUUAUCCAAACAAUGUGAUCUACAACAGUAGUGGAGCAGUUAACAUCUAUCCAAUGAGUAUUACUGGGAACCUGAGUCAGAGAGACUGCACCACUCUGUUUUCUAAUUUAACCACCACAUACACAGACACAUACUUCUUCAGAGUAGAGAGUGAACCAUUCAAGGCGACAGCUCAUUGUGAUCCUCUUCAAAUAACAGUCAGAGAUAUAUCAUUUCAAACCACAGAUUCUCCUUGGAGGCCCAAUAUUACAAUCCCAGGUGAUCUGAAGGAGAAGGAGUCUGUCACUAUAACCUGCUCAGCUCUCACUCCCUGUCCACACUCUCCUCCUCAACUCACCUGGAAUCUCCAACAAGACUCUCACAACAAAAUAGAGCAAAACACAGAUGGAAGCUCUACAACUAAAAUCCAGCAGAACAUCACUCUGUCAGACACACAUGAUGGAAAGAAGAUCAGCUGCUCUGCCAGAUAUCCUGUGAACCAAGGAAACGACACCAAGACAGCAGAGACAGAAGAGACUCUCAGUGUUUCAUAUGCUCCUAAAGACACCUCAGCAUCCAUCAGUCCAUCAGCUUUGGUGUCAGCAGGCAGCUGGGUGAAGUUGACCUGCUCCAGCAGAGCCAAACCUCCAGUCAGCAACUUCACCUGGUUCAAGAAGAGCAGAGAUGGAGCUGUGAAAGUAUCUGAAGGAGAGAUUUACAGCUUCAGUGUAACAGAUGGAGGAGUUUAUUACUGUGUGGCCACUAAUGAUCUGGGUAAUCAGACAUCAGGAGAGAUUAAUGUGACUGUUGGAGUACCAGGAAAGCAGAACAAUCACUCCACGCUGGUCCUACUUCUUGGAGGAAUCUCUGGGAUCAUCUUACUCAUUUGUUUGAUAAUCUUUCUUUGGUGGUUAAAGUCAACGCGUCAAACUCAACAACAGACUUGGAUUCAACGUCACGAAGAGCAGGUUGGUGAAGGGUCAGCAAAUAACACAGAAAAAGAGGAAGAAAACAUCCAUUAUGGAGAGAUCAGCUUCUCUAAGCUGGCAUUUGAAGCAUCCUCUGACUCAGUGCAGGACAGAGGACAGCAGCAGGAUACGGUGUACGCACAGGUGAAAGUCAACAAGACAGAAAACAGCUUAACGCAGAGAGCUCAUGGCCAAGAGGAACUCUACGCUGAGGUGAAGAAAAAAUGAGAAGUAUGCAUUUACAAACUGUAAAGAAUGAAAUAUGAAUGUGGAGCCUUUACAUGAAAAUGUGUCAUAGUCACUGCCAAACAAUUCAGUGAAGUAAAAAAAAGCUUUUUUUAUGUUCACCCUCCUGUAGUAAUUUCAUACGGCUGGUUUCAGAUUUUGAUCUCUUAUGAUAUUAAAUAUGCGUAAAUAGAAGUUGCAGCAGUUCAGCAGGGAACAGUGACUGGUACUUAUAUAAAGUGUUGGUCAAGUUACUUGAAAAAAGUAAUUAGUAACUAAUUACUGAUUACUUCUCCAAAAAGUAACCCCAUUAUUUUACUGAUUACUAAUUUUCAAAAGUAUUUAGUUGCUUAGUUACUUUUAAAAAAAUUAUACUCAACCUGAAUAAAGCAACAGACC